CUGUGUAACGUGACGUUUGGUUGGUUUGACGUUUGUGACGUGACAGUAUUGUGAUGGCGAAAAUUUGACGAUCGGUCGCCGAUUGUGAGAAGUAAAGUGAUAGUGAUUUGUUGGAAAACCAAGCGAAAGGUCGUCCGAUUCGUAGACUGCUGACAUGUGGCACUAGAUCCUUUACCUUAGUUUAGUUAGUAACUCGGCGAAGAUGUUCCGGAGCAAGAUGCGCAUCCACACGUGCCGCAUCAUCCUGCUGACGUCGCUGGUGUGGGUGCUCGUGGACGUGGCGCUGCUGGCGCUCUACUCCGACUGCAUCGGCGACGGCUGGGACUGCCGGAAGAAGCCCGCUGAGGGGGAAGUGCUGGAACUUGGCAGCCAAGCAGAAUACAAAGGCAAAAAAGCUGCUAUAGCAGCGGCUCUAGGUCAUGAAGUAAAUAAUGCAGACACAAACCUGGAGGAGAAUAUUCUAGAAGCAGAGAUUGGGGAGACGGGGCUGGUGCUGUCUCAUUAUCCUAAAACACACUUGAAGAGAUGGCAUGCUGUUCCACCUGUCAAGCCUAUAGGAGGAUCUCCUGGUGAAAUGGGCAAACAAGUGAACAUCCCCAUCGAGCAGGAGAAGGUGAUGCUGGACAAGUUCCAGGAGAACCAGUUCAACCUGAUGGCCAGCGACAUGAUCUCGCUCAACCGCUCGCUGCCCGACGUGCGCCUCGAGAAAUGCAAAGUGAAGAAGUACCCCGACCUCCUUCCUACCACGAGCAUCGUGAUCGUGUUCCACAACGAGGCGUGGACCACGCUCAUACGGACCAUCUGGAGCACCAUUAACCGCUCCCCGAGGCCGCUGCUGAAAGAGAUUAUAUUGGUCGAUGAUGCUAGCGAGAAAGAGCACCUCGGCAAGAAGCUCGAAGACUACAUCAAGACGCUCCCAGUUCCGACGCGUCUGUUCCGCACAGAGAACCGCUCGGGGCUGAUCCGGGCCCGGCUGCUGGGAGCCAAGCACGUGCGCGGUGACGUCAUCACCUUCCUCGACGCGCAUUGUGAAUGCACUGAGGGCUGGCUGGAGCCUCUGCUAGCGAGGAUAGUAGAGGACAGGACCACGGUGGUGUGUCCCAUCAUCGACGUCAUAUCCGACACUACCUUCGAGUACAUACAGGCGUCCGACAUCACGUGGGGCGGCUUCAACUGGAAACUCAACUUUAGAUGGUACCGCGUGCCCGAGCGCGAGAUGAAGCGGCGGGAGGGCGACCGCACGGCGCCGCUGCGCACGCCUACCAUGGCCGGGGGGCUGUUCGCCAUAGACAAGGAGUACUUCUACAAGAUAGGCAGCUACGACGAGGGGAUGGACAUCUGGGGAGGAGAGAAUCUGGAGAUGAGCUUCCGGGUGUGGAUGUGCGGGGGCACGCUCGAGAUCGCGCCGUGCUCCCACGUGGGGCACGUGUUCCGCAAGACCACGCCGUACACGUUCCCGGGGGGCACGGGCCGCGUCGUGAACCACAACAACGCGCGCCUCGCCGAGGUCUGGCUCGACGACUGGAGGCAGUUCUACUACAAUAUUAACCCAGGCGCGCUGAACGUGCCAGUCGGCGACGUGAGCGAGCGCAAGGCUCUCCGUGAGAGACUCAAGUGCAAGAGCUUCCGCUGGUACCUCGAGAACAUCUACCCGGAGAGCCAGAUGCCGUUGGAUUACUACUACUUGGGAGAGAUCCGCAACGCCGAGACGUCCAACUGCCUGGACACUAACGGCGGCAAGUCGGGCCAGCCCGUCGGAAUGGGCUACUGCCACGGCAUGGGAGGGAACCAGGUGUUCGCGUACACGAAGCGUCACCAGAUAAUGUCGGACGACAACUGCCUGGACGCGGCGCACCCGCGCGGGCCCAUCAAGCUCAUCCGCUGCCACGGCAUGCGCGGCAACCAGGACUGGACGUAUGAUGCGCAGACGCGCACAAUAAAGCACACGAACACGGGCAUGUGCCUCGACAAGCCCGAGGAGGCCGACGUGUGGAAGCCGGUCCUUCGGCCGUGCACGCGCGCUCGCUCGCAACAGUGGCUCAUGCAGACCGAGUUCAAGUGGCAGGCGCGGGCCAGCUAGUCGACUGUGCACCCACACGAAAUAUACAACGAUAGACCACAACAGUCUUCCCCUCUAAUUAGAUAACAGAUUUUAUUCCUUAUUCCUAUAUCUGAGAUUUUAUAUCUAUUUCAUACGUGAGAUCCUGUGAAUUGUUGACAAUACUUUAUUGCUAAUAUAAUUGUUUGUAUUAUUCCAUAAAAUGUUGCUCAACGUGUAAGAGUAUUGAAUUGAGUGAGUUUUGAUGUAUUUAGGAUAUUGUAGUUUGCGUUAUUUAGUGGUAUUGUAUGCAAUAUUAAGUAAUCAGAUUUAAAUCGUGAUUGUUUAUGAAACCGAGGGUUAUGUUAGAGAGUGGCAGCUAGCGUUACAUGGGGAUUAAGAUAAAACAUUAGAUGCCUACGCAUGCAGACGAAUUUAAUCCUAUCGGUUGCCAUGUUCACUUAGGAUUUUGACACUAUCAAUUUCUGGCAGCUGGUUGGUUGUUAAAUGGGAGCAUGUGCCAUCUAGUCUUGAUAUAGACGUGUGCAAUUUGGUUGGUUGUAAGGAAGUUCACCUUUGUAAGAUGUAAGUUGUAUUAAUACUCGCACCCAUGACUCGAAGUAACCUUCUUUCAGAAUGCUAGGGCAUCUUGUUUGUAAGUAAUUAUGAUUCUACUCUUAUGUCGCUUACAUGAAUAUCUUUUGGAUGCGUAGAACGUAACAAGACCAAUUUUAGCAAGACAUCGUACCGAUAGGGACUUUAAAUAGAACACCUAUCUAUUGAGAGUGGAUGAUCAUAGAUAGAGUCACGCAAUGAUAGAAUGUAUGGGUUAACCGUGUGCAUAAAACUAGGUCUAUGGCCAACGAAAUUACCUCGAUGAAGUGUGUACAUUUUAAAUUUUGCUGUACCCUUUGGUAGCCCUGUAUUGUCCUAACUAGAGAAUAGUAUUGAAAUUCUCAGGGUGCUAAAAUCAUUGCCACUAGGAA